AUAGCAUCACUAAUCUUUUCCAUAGUAGGAUGCCUAUACAGUGAACAUGUGAAAUUUACAGAUCUCCUGUUUUUGUUUUCAUAAUUUCAGCGUUUCUUGGAUUCAUGUGUCCUCUCCAUGGACAGUUCAACAUGGAUCUUUGAAAAUGGACAGGGGCUCAGUAGGCAUGGAGCCUCUCAGCCUGCAGGUGCUGGUAACAGGAAGCUUUAUUGGGUUCCAGUGGAUGUUUCACAGAGGUAGCCCUUGGGUAUCUCAGCACUUCUGCAAAGGCUUCCUUAAGCUCAAUCUCACACAAAGGACAGAAUGGAACUCCAGGAUAGUCUCAACCCUCCACGCCAUGGUUGUGGGACUGUUCUGUCUCUACAUAUAUGUAUUUGAUGAACCUAUCCAGAAAGACCCGGUCUGGGGAGAUGCCACACUGGUUAAACUAAAUGUGGCCAUUACUACAGGUUACCUCAUCUCAGAUCUUCUGCUCAUGUUUACUUCAUGGGAGUCGAUUGGAGAGAAGUAUUUUGUCUUACACCAUCUUGCUGCUCUUUAUGCAUACUACUAUGUACUAAGCCAAGGGAUAUUGCCUUACUUCGCUAAUUUCCGCUUGCUUUCUGAAUUCUCCACCCCUUUUGGAACCAGCGGUAAUUGGUUUUUUCAUAUGCUGGGUUAUCACAAACUUUCCAAACCGAGUCUGGUUAACGGUGUUGCCAUGGCAUCUGUGUUCUUCUUGGUAAGGAUUUCAGUCAUUCCAGUGUACUACAGCCAUAUGUACUCAGUCUUCGGCACAGAUGACUUCUACCGGCUACCCCUAGGGGGGCGAAGCGCCUGGGUUAUUUCCAGCGUAUCACUGGAUAUCAUGAACAUCAUGUGGAUGCGCAGAAUCAUUCGUGGAUGUUUGAAAGUCCUUCAUUCUGCAUGGUUAAGAAACACAGGAAAUGAAAUGGAUAAACAGACUGACAUAAAUAGAAGUUAAAACAGAACCAAACACAUAAGCGCACAAACUUUCCAUCUUUCAUCCCUUUCAACCUGAUCCUGGAGGUCCUUUGUUGAAUUACCCUGGAUUUUAGUUUUACUGAUGUGAUCCAGUGACAUCAUUAUCUGUGUGUAGAAAAGUCAUUUAGCUAAGAACUUUGUUUCUUUGACUUAUAUCUUUAAAUGUGGGCUCUUAAGUGAUUAAGUGGCAUGAGAUCAGGACAAUACUUGUGGUUGCACUAUUAUGAAGCUGCUAUUAAGAUCGACCAACUUGCCUUUAUGAAUACUAUCAACAAAAAACAGCACAUUUUCUAUUUCACAAAUAAACUGUUUAUGCGCAGAGUACAUUGUACACAACCUUUGCCUGUUAAACAGUACUGACUGCAAUAUAGUGAUGUGCCACGAAAAACAUAUACUGUACUGUAAUAGCCAAUAGUAACUAAAGUUUGUGGAAAUACAAGUUACAUGUACUGUAGAAUAUGGGAAAUAUGCUGAGUAUUCUCAGAAGUGUAGCAGUAUUACAAGUCAGUGUAUGUAAGAAGCAUGUGUACAUAAAAUGUAUACUAUGUAUGGAUAAAAUUAUGUAUGUAAUGAAAAUUGUAUUAGGUUAUACAAAUUAUAUGUUUUUAAUGUAUAAGCUAUUUGCUUGUAGAAUUUUGUUUGAUUGUUGGAGUCAAAAUAAUGACUAAUAAUGUUUAUAAUAUGUAAGCUUUUUUCAGGUAUUUACAAUUAUUUUGUCUUUAUCUUUAUGUUCAAUGUAAGGAACAGCAAUUAAUGAUGUCAAUC